CUCAUGAAAGAAAUCUGUAUUAAGGGAGUCAAAGUUACAAGGUUAAAACGGUUCCCUGGCUCUAUACUACCAGAUUUGAUGUAGGGUCUGUAGCUCGUCAGACUUGGAGACCAGCCAGUCCACAUUUUUCUUGGCUUUAGCCCCAAACUCACCUGACCCAGGUAAAGUUUGUAAGAUGUUUAUCUCUGCAGUGGUUUCACUGAAUUCAGAUGUAGAACUGAAGGUAAAUAUGAACUAGCUGGGAUUUCCUGAUGUUUGAGAACAUCUGAGCAUAGAAAAGUUCCUGGAUUAGUGUGGAAUUAGCAUAAAGCCCGGCACUGCAAAGUAGCCAGCAAGUGAACAAGAGGAGUGAGAGAGCCAACGUGCGAGAAAGAGAGAAAGCACAGAAGGAAAGACACACAUCCAGCAACACGAGGACAAGUCCCAGAGAGCAGAGGACCUUCAUCCUUCUGCGAGAGGACAGCAUAGUUUGCCAAUAUGGAGGAAAAACAGUUUUCUGGCAUUUUGAAUGGAGCGGUUCCAGGGGAACAAGUGAAGAAGGAUGAGAAUUCUCGACGAGGAAACUGGGGGAACCAGAUUGAGUUUGUCCUGACUAGUGUGGGCUACGCAGUGGGGCUGGGAAACGUCUGGAGGUUCCCUUACCUCUGUUACAGGAAUGGUGGAGGUGCCUUCAUGUUACCGUACUUUAUCAUGCUGGUGUUUUGUGGCAUCCCACUGUUUUUCUUGGAGCUCUCCUUUGGCCAGUUCACAUCAUUGGGCUGUCUGGGAGUGUGGAAGGUCAGCCCCAUGUUCAAAGGUGUCGGCUAUGGAAUGAUGGUGGUCUCCACUUACAUUGGCAUCUAUUACAAUGUGGUGAUCUGUAUCGCAAUCUACUACUUUUUCAUGUCCAUGACCAAUCUGCUGCCAUGGACAUACUGCAACAACCCCUGGAACACCCCAGACUGCAGUGGUGUAGUGGGCACACCGCGGGCAAAUGCCUCCUUCGCCAAUGUCACUGCUAAUGUAGUGUCAGGCCUCACUGAGGUGAUCAGCCACACCAAGAGGACGAGUCCCAGUGAGGAAUACUGGAGGAACUAUGUACUGAACAUCUCAGAUGGCAUAGGUAACUUUGGUGAAGUGCGCCUCCCCAUCCUGGGCUGCCUGGCUGUCUCCUGGGUGGUGGUGUUCCUCUGCCUCAUCCGUGGGGUGAAGUCCUCUGGCAAGGUGGUGUACUUCACAGCGACCUUCCCCUACGUGGUACUGACCAUUCUCUUCAUUCGAGGCAUCACGUUAGAUGGUGCCAUCAGUGGAAUUCAAUACUACCUCACUCCACAGUGGCAGAAAAUCCUGGAUGCCAAGGUGUGGGGUGACGCUGCUUCUCAGAUUUUUUACUCUCUGGGCUGUGCCUGGGGUGGGCUCAUCACCAUGGCUUCCUAUAACAAAUUUCACAACAACUGUUUCAGAGACAGCAUCAUUAUCAGUGUGACAAACUGUGCAACAAGCGUGUACGCCGGCUUUGUCAUCUUCUCCAUCCUGGGAUUCAUGGCGCAGCACCUGGGCGUGGACGUGUCCGAAGUGGCUGACCACGGUCCAGGCCUGGCCUUCGUCGCCUACCCAGAAGCCCUGACGCUGCUGCCCAUCUCGCCACUCUGGUCGCUGCUUUUCUUCUUCAUGCUAAUCCUGCUGGGUCUCGGCACACAGUUCUGUCUUUUGGAGACGUUGGUGACAGCCAUAGUGGACGAGAUCGGCACGGACUGGAUCAUCCGAAACAAAACCUUCAUCACGCUUGGAGUGGCCAUCCUCGGGUUUCUCUUAGGAGUGCCAUUGACCACACGGGCAGGAAUAUACUGGCUGCUGCUGAUGGAUAACUACGCUGCCAGCUUCUCACUAGUCAUCAUCUCGUGCAUCAUGUGCAUCUGCAUCAUGUAUGUUUAUGGCCACAGAAACUACUUUAAGGACGUGGAGAUGAUGCUGGGCUUCCCUCCACCGGUGUUCUUCAGGAUCUGUUGGAGGUUCAUCUCUCCGCUUAUUAUCUCGUUCAUCCUGAUCUUCACUGUGAUCCAGUACAAACCCAUCACUUACAAUGACUACGUGUACCCAGACUGGUCUCUGGUCAUCGGCUUCUGCAUGGCCCUGUCCUCGGUGAUCUGUAUUCCAAUCUAUGCCCUUUUCAAGAUUGCCAUGUCUGAUGGAACCACGAUUUUGGAGCGGUUGAAGAACUCGAUGAAGCCACAUCCCAGCUGGGGUCCGGCGCUGCAAGAGCACCGCAAGGGCCGCUACGCGAUGGCCGGACCUGAAUCCGUGGAGGUGCGUUCCCUUAAAGAUGAGGAGAAAGAGAAAGAUCAGGAUAAAGAGAAGAAGGAAGAGAUCGGGCUCACCAUAAAGGGCAGCAACGGUUCCACACUCAACCCGACACCCAGUGUAUAGACGCGAGGCCACACCUGCUGAACCUUUACAUAUUGUAAGGGCUUUAUUACUCCUAACCUCUAGAGAGAAUCGGUUCUCAUCCCAACCCCUCUUUUUUCCUUUUUAAUUUAAUAAUGCUGUUUUUGUAAGUACAAAAAUGUGUUCAUAUGCAUACACAGGAAGUCUUUUAUGCAUCCCUACCAUGUGUAUAUAUAGUGCAGCGUGGGAUAUAUUGGUUUCUUUCUCCUUCCAUGUAAAAUGUAUCUGGAAAUGUGACUACUGUUGCUGCAGCUGUAGGUUUCGGCUUGUUGUGUGUACAGCGGUGACAGUGCUGGUCGGGUUAAAAGCUGAAGACCAAAUGUUCUUUGAGUAUAGUGAACAUACCAUCUAUAAUCUAUAAUCAUAUCUCAGCCACAUGAAAUCUUUAUUUUGGGAUUUCUGGUUUUUUGCCCCUGCCUGUAGCUUUUCAUCAGUGGUUGUAUUUGGUCGUUUUUAACAGAACCCACAGUUUUUACUCGAGUAAACAGAUGCACAAGACGAAGCACAAAGGAUAUUUUGCCUUCAGCUUUUAGAACAGCCACUGAAGGAAACUCCCUCGAUCUAAGCACAUUAAGUUCCCAAACCCAUUCUCAGGGUUGUGCACAAUUUUCCUUUUUUUUUCUAAACCUUUUUCCAACAGCUUGUGAUCAUGCUAACAUUUUUAACUCAAGAGACGACUCUUUGGCUCUGACUAGUCUUCCAUUUUGAAAAUUAAAAUAUGCUAUAUGUUGAGCGAACGGAUCAUUUGAGAGAUGGCAGGAGGGAUGUUGCCAUAGACUCAGUACUGUAGUGUGUGCACACACACAAGGAUUGUCAUGGGGGUAGAGGCAUGCUGCCUCCAAAAAAAAAAAAAAAAAAAAAAGAAAAA